UGUGAUUAACUAACUAAUUCCCACGAAUGGUGAACUUUUGAUGUUACCUGAACCAGCAGCAACACCAAAUUGAAUCGCAGAAAAGAACAGAGCAGAGCAGAGAGGAUAAGUUAUGGGCACCGAUUGUAAGAUGUGAUUCGCAAUUCUCUCUUCACUCUUUGCCUUGAAGCAAGAGAAUUCAAUCACGAUUACCAUUCGGUCCCUAGCUCUCCCUCUCCCUCUCCAUUUUUUCCCUAUAUUUAUAUAAAUAAAUACAGAUGGCAACCGCUCCCUUCAUCCACGCGCGCUGUCUAUACUCGCCACGAAUUUCCAGUUGCAAACAACCACCAUCCUCCUCCUCCCCUUCCCCCUCCUGUUCUUCUUCUAUUCAUUCCUCUUCCUCUUCAUCAGUUGUGUCUUUCUCUUCUGCCACAAACAGCGGGCAGAGACACCAGGGCAUUGGAAUUCAAACUAUGAAUACUAUCACUCAUGGAAAGUCUAUAGCUGGCGCAUGGAAUUCAAAGAAUGAACCUGAACAUCUCCUUGUUCUUGUUCAUGGAAUUUUGGCUAGCACAAGUGAUUGGACCUAUGCAGAAGCAGAGUUGAAAAGGCGUCUCGGAACAAACUUUCUAAUAUAUGUAAGUUCAUCAAAUACUUAUACUAAGACAUUCAGUGGGAUUAAUGGAGCUGGAAAGCGAUUAGCCGAAGAAGUCAUGGAAGUUGUUAAAAAUACAAAAAGCCUGAAAAGGAUAUCCUUUCUAGCCCAUUCGUUAGGAGGCUUGUUUGCUAGAUAUGCAAUUGCUGUUCUAUAUUCACCUGAUGCAUACAAUAGGGACCAAUCUGGUGAUCAAGCAAACAGCAUAAAAGAAAAACCUCAAAAUAUAAGCUUUUUCAAAGGAGGGACAAUUGCUGGGCUAGAGCCAAUAAGUUUUAUUACUUUAGCAACUCCACAUCUUGGUGUAAGGGGAAAAAAACAACUUCCAUUUCUAUUGGGUGUCCCAAUCCUAGAAAAGCUUGCUGCACCAAUAGCUCCUUUUUUUGUUGGCCGGACUGGUAGCCAGUUGUUCCUUACUGAUGGUAAAGCCAACAAACCACCUCUUCUUUUGAGGAUGGCUACGGAUUGUGAAGAGGGGAAGUUUCUAUCUGCACUUGGAGAAUUUAGAUGUCGGAUUCUUUAUGCUAAUGUUUCAUAUGAUCAUAUGGUUGGGUGGCGCACAUCCUCUAUAAGAAGGGAAACCGAGCUCAGUAAGCCUCCUCGGCGAUCUUUAGAUGGAUACAAGCAUGUCGUUGAUAUGGAAUACUGCCCACCGGUUCCUUCCGAUGGUUCUCAUUUCCCUCCAAAAGCAGCAAAAGCAAAGGAGGCAGCACAAAAUGUACCCAAUGCCCAGAAUACUUUGGAAUAUCAUGAACUCAUGGAAGAGGAGAUGAUACGGGGAUUACAGCGGUUGGGGUGGAGAAAAGUUGAUGUCAGCUUUCACGCAGCAUUCUGGCCGUUCUUUGCUCAUAACAACAUUCAUGUGAAAAAUGAAUGGCUUCACAAUGCUGGUGUGGGAGUAAUUGCUCAUGUUGCUGAUAGCUUAAAACAGCAAGAAGCAUCAUCAAUUUUGGCUGCUAACUUGUAAUCAGAUGUAAUUGCACUCUGCUGGAGACUGGUUAUCUACGGAAUACAAGAUGAAAAAAUCAAUCCUUUGGUUUAUGAGUCAUUGACACGCACAUCAUUUCUUUACCAAGUAUCACAUAGUAUAGUUCUCAGUUAAAGGGGAUCGCUAUAUGCAACUUUUGUAGAACCAUAUAUUCCCAUUACCAUACGAGUGAUGAAGAAAGAAAACAGAUUUCUGAUUUUUUGAGCACCAA